AUGGAAGAUGGUUCAAUCAUGAAAUAUGAAAAGGUCUCGCCAUUCUUCACGUGUAUUUUGUGUGAUCGAGUUUUGAGGAAUGCCACCACAAUUUCUGAAUGCUUAGAUACUUUUUGCAGGGAAUGUAUAGAAAGGAAGAUAAUUGAUGAGAAUCUAAAUCAUUGUCCAAUAUGCAAUGUAGACUUGGGAUGUUCUCCAUUAGACAAACUAAGGACAGAUAAUAAUAAGAUAACAAUGAUUAGUAAAGUUCUGACCUCUACAGAAAAACAUUUGGGGAAUGUUGCUUCAACUCAAGUAGUUAGCAAUAAAAGGAAGAAAUCUCAAGUCUCUUUGAAAUCCUACGCCAAAAAGGCGAAAAGAGAUUCAAAGAAAAUUAAGAAAGAGGUGAGAAAAGGAAAGCAGAUUCAGCAAGAGGCAAAGCAGCUGCAGGAAGAACUUCCUAUCACUCCACAGGAACCAAAAACUCCUGCUUCUGAUAUCGCUGUUGCAGCGGAUGUUAAGAAAGACGCGGAACAACAACGCGGAAUAGAAAUUUUGGAUGAAGUUUCUACAAUUCUAUCUGCCAGAAAAGCAAAAAAUGUGGCAAGAAAAAAGUUUAUCAGAACUGAAUUAGAUUCUACUUCUCAGCCUGACAAAGUUCAUCCAAAAUUUCAUGGUGGAAAUAAUGAUGAUAAUCGCCCUCAGCUUGAAACAUUCACUGAGACUCCAAAAAUCAGAUUUAAGAGUUUUUCAAAACCAGAAUCAUCAAACCAGCAGACAGUGUUCAAGAAUGUUUCUAGGGACAAAGCUGAGUUAAGGAAAGAAAAAGCUGCUGUUAGCGAGCCGUUGAACUGGUUUGUGGAAACUACCAAAGCGGACAAUUCUCUUAAUAACACCCCCCAGCAAGGAAAUGGUGUCAUCCCAAUGCUUGUGGACUCUAGUGACAGCGACUCUCGUAACGUUUCUAAGGCUGCUGUUAACAAGCAUUGUAACCACCAAACAGAAGCAGGUGGCGAUCAAAAUGAGUCUGGUCCAUCAAAAUCAAGUUCCUUGAAGUUUAAGAUUAGAAGGGUGGACACAACCCAAGAAAAGAGAGUGAGAUUUUCAGAGGACUUGAACCUCCCUGCACCACCUGAAGUUGAAAGCAAAAAAGACUUGGGUCCUGUCUGGUUCUCCUUGAUUGCUUCUAAGGAUCGAGAACUCGGUGCGCUGCCACAAAUAUCUUCUCAUUACUUAAAAGUCCAGGAUGGAAGUUUAACUGUUUCAUAUAUCAAAAAGUAUCUUGUGAAGAAGCUUGAUCUUACUAGUGAAGCUGAGGUGGAGAUUUUAUUAGGAGGGAAGCCAGUUUAUUGUUCAAUGCAGGUGCAAAACUUGAUGGAGCUGUGGUUGGAAACAAUGUCAAAGAAAGAAAUGAUUGAGACAUCUGUUGGAAGUUCAGCUGAGGAUUUUGUUAUGGUCCUUUCUUAUGGUAGAAAGGCUUGA